AUGGCUUACUUGAAGAGUAUUUCCACGGCUUUGGAGGCAGUAUCCGUGGACUGCAACUUUACCACCAUUGAAGCAUUCUUUGAUUAUGCAACGGAACAUGAACUCAAUAUUACGUCCGAGAUUGGACAAUGUCCGAAUCUAUGUAUCCUCACAUUUGGCACAGGAAAUCCAGACUUAUCUGGUAUUGGAGUAAUUGCUUUAACUAUUAUUUUUGGGCCUCUUCUGCGCGGUCUUGAUAUAUUUGAGAAUUUUCUCCCCCAAGGGGACUUCUUCAUGCUGCGGAAACUCUUCAGAGAAAGUAUCGACGUGCAGUCGAUUUUUUGGGAGUCUAAUGGGUUUCUCAUUCUGGCGUCUGCGGUGGCGACGCUAGUUCGCAUGGGCCAACAUCCUACAAUCUUCGAAAUCGCCGAGAUGCAGAUAUUGAACUUUGUGCAGCUUAACUCUCUGUUAGUGAUAUUUUUCUGCCUCGUUCACCCAAUUGCCAGGUGGUGGCAACGAUUCUUUCAGUUUCUUUUAGGCUUCGCUCUGGCUACUGCCGCUUUGUCCCAAAGCACACUGUCAGGGCAUUCAGAGACGGACUGGCUGCAGGCCAGCUUAGGUUGCCAGAACGAACCGGCUUUCCGCAAGAUCACGCCAGUCCCAUAUAACAAAGCCGUGGUGUAUGCAGCUGCCGGCUUGUGCAUCAUAUCAUUCUUUGCGCAAACUGCCACUACUGUGUUCCCUCGGAUCAAGCAACGACCAAGCUUACGGAGGGUCUUGACUGUUAUGGCGGUUGUGUGGGGGCUGCUGACCACACUAUCGUUAGUGGGCAUGAUAUGGGGGCUGGUCAAGCUCUGGGGCCAAAGAGGUGAGCUCAUCAAGGUGGCAGGGACCGAUUUUGAGGACAACGAAUGGGGCUUUGGUCAAGUCGCCGCACUGUUUACCUGGUUGCCGAUUCCCGUGGAAAUAUCAUACAAGCUAAAUGAUUGGAUGAAAGAGAGAUCUAGCACUUGGUAUCGGUUCCAAGCUUCUAUUGCGCCCUAUGGCGAAUCGAAGAACGGCGAAAAACAAGGCGAGCACAUAGCAAUGGCGCCAGCGACUACCGCUACUAAAGGGGGGGUCUUCACACAAGCACACUCUCAAGAUUCCGGCGACGGAUCCGUGUGA